AUGCAACUUCUACGUAUAACUGCCUUAGUCCAACGAUUCGUACACAAUUGUACAAUACAGAGGAAACUCAUAGAUGAACGUACGACAGGUGCAUUGACUGUACAUGACCUCAAAGGUUCUAGAGAGUUUUGGAUUCGCAAAAUUCAGGCUGAAGCUUAUUCCUCGGAACUAAAGGCUCUAAAUUCAAACUUACCCAUUCAUCGGUCAAGCUGUCUGUUAAAGCUAAAUCCAUUUGUAGACGGUAUUGGUAUUUUGCGUGUGGGAGGCCGCUUAGCGUAUGCACCAAUACAUGACAAUACAAAGUUUCCAAUUGUAUUGCCGCCCUCUUCAACUUUCACAAGAUUAUAUUUCAAAUAUGAACACCUGAGACUAUUGCAUGUUGGUCCACAAGCAUUGCUCUCACACAUACAAGUUAAUUACUGGCCCAUCCGUGGACGAAGUCUUGCCAGUCGAACCGUGCAUCAAUGCAUUCAAUGUUUCCGAACCAAUCCAAAAUUAAUGACGCCUUUCAUGGCUCCCCUACCUCGGCAACGUACCACUAUUGAAAGACCGUUUUCUCAAUGUGGAGUAGAUUUCUGCGGGCCAAUAAUGAUUCGAAGUGGUAUCCGUCGUGUAAAGACUGGAAAGGCAUAG